CAUGGAGGGGGCAUCAGUGCUGAGCCCCAGCUCGUGGGAGAGGCGCCGGGCAUGGGCCAGGCAGAGCCGCUGCUGGAGGAGCACGGUGCUGGAGGAGGAGGCAGCUGCUGCCCUGCAGGACCUGCCUGAGCUGCAGCCUCCUCACCUGGACAAUGUGUUCCUUGAAGCCUCAGGGAGCCCCUCUGACAAGAUAGAGACGUGGCUGCAGGAGUGUGGGCCAUCAGUGGAGGUCCCACAGGAGGAGCUGAGCUUGCCAGGUCCCUUUGGGUGUGGGAGCAGUGGGACCAGCUUUGAGGAUGAUCUGACCCUGGGAGCUGAAGCUCUUCUGCUACCAGGGAGCACCAAAGCCACGGGCAGAGCUCUGCGGGUCCAGCACCUCAACCUGGGUCACAGCAUGGCCUCCAGCGCCCUCUCCAGCCUCACCACCAAAACCAGCUCCAGCAUCUCCGAGGUGCUGGAGUGGUGGGAAGCUGACGCCGAGGAGAUUCUCUCCAACUUGGGCUUCGUGCAGAGCGAGGAGGGGGCUGUGGGGCGCAUCCCCCCCCGCUUCUUCGCGGCUCCUUCCCGUGCCGAGGGCAUCGACUUCCAGCUCUUCCUCAAGGCUCAAGUGCAGCGCAUGGAGAGGGAGGAUCCGUGUCUGAUGCUGGCCAGUCGUUUCCAGCAGGUCCAGGCUCUGGCUGCCACCGCCGAUGCGUUUUUCUGCCUCUAUUCCUACGUGUCCCGGAGUCCCGUGCAGCGCAUUUCCCCGCCCCGCCUCUCCUGGGCUUCUCCUCCCAUCCCUGCCGUCUGCAUCCCCUCCUCCGAGCCCAGCAGCCUCUCUCCUGUGGAACGGCUGAAGAAAGCCGUGGCCACUAUGUGUCUCUACACGGCACCAAGGGACGAGGACAGCCCGCGGGGGACCGGCCGGGGGACCACCGAGCCCCCCGAGCAGCCCAGCACCCUGGCCAGGCUGGUGCUGAGCGACGAGGAGGAGGAGGAGGAGGAGGAGGAGGAGGCUGCAGAUGCCCAUCAGGGAGCUGCCCAACCCCUUCACCCCUCCCUCAGCCUCGGCCGAAGGGAGUGGCAGCGCUCGUCCCAGCUCGCGGGGGUGAUGCCAGCGCAGGGGGUGCCUGAUGCCAACUCAUCUCCCCCCUCCCGCGCACCCCCCGCCCCCCAAUCUCUGCCCCAGCCCUUCGUGCUUCCCUCCAGCAGCGGCCAAGCCGGCGGCAGCGGCUUUAUGGAGGAGCCCGUGCCCGGGCAAGGAGCCUGUGGGCGGCUCCAGGCGACCUGA